AUGACAGCUAUGGCCAGUAGCCCCAGAAGGGGUCAUAACUGGCCCCCAAUGGCAAUGGCAUUGGCCAUUGUUUUGAUUUCUACUACUGUAGUUUCUGCUGCUGCAGAUAGUUAUAUCUACUCUUCACCUCCACCACCUUAUGAGUACAAGUCACCACCACCACCGUCACCAUCACCACCACCACCUUAUGUCUACAAGUCACCACCUCCUCCACCAUAUGAGCAUAAGGCACCAUCUUAUGAGUACAAAUCACCACCUCCUCCAUCUCCAUCACCACCACCUCCUUAUGUGUACAAGUCACCCCCUCCACCACCAUAUGAACACAAGGCUCCACCAUAUGUGUAUAAGUCACCACCUCCUCCAUCGCCAUCACCACCACCUCCUUAUGUGUACAAGUCACCCCCUCCACCACCAUAUGAACACAAGGCUCCACCAUAUGUGUACAAGUCACCACCUCCUCCAUCUCCAUCACCCCCCCCACCAUACUAUUACAAGAGUCCCCCACCACCCUCUCCCUCACCACCACCUCCUUACUACUACAAAUCUCCUCCACCACCCUCCCCUUCACCUCCCCCACCAUACUAUUACAAGUCUCCACCACCACCAUCUCCCUCACCACCACCUCCAUAUUACUACAAAUCUCCUCCACCACCCUCACCCUCCCCUCCCCCACCAUACUACUACAAAUCUCCUCCACCACCAUAUAUACACAAGGAUCCACCAUACUAUUACAAGUCCCCACCACCACCUUCACCAUCUCCUCCACCACCCUACUACUAUAAAUCUCCCCCACCACCUUCACCAUCUCCACCACCACCUUACUACUACAAAUCUCCUCCCCCUCCAUCUCCUAUUCCCCAUACCCCAUACUACUACAAGUCUCCCCCACCACCUAAGGUCCUUCCACCACCAUACUAUUAUAACUCUCCUCCUCCACCAGUUGCGUAUCCUCACCCACAUCCAUACCACCACUCAUUGAUUGUGAAGGUAAUCGGUAAAGUCUACAGCUUCAGGUGUUAUGACUGGGAAUAUCCUGAAAAAUCUCAUGUGAAGAAACAUCUCAAAGGUGCUGUUGUUGAGGUGACAUGCAAAGCUGGGGGCAAAAUCAUAAAGGCUUAUGGUAAAACUAAGAUCAAUGGAAAGUACAGCAUUACAGUUGAAGACUUUGACUAUGUCAAAUAUGGUGCCACAGUAUGCAAGGCCUCCCUAUAUGCUCCACCUAAAGACUCCCCCUUUAACAUACCUACUAAGCUAAACGAAGGAACUAAAUUGUACUUGUAUUCCAAAGACAAGUAUGAGGUUGUGCUUAAGGCUAAGCCUUUCGCUUAUGCUUCAAAGAAACAUUUUAAAGAAUGUGACAAGCCCAAGCCUUCACCAACUCCUUACUACUACAAAUCACCUCCACCUCCCACACCAGUAUACAAGUACAAAUCGCCACCUCCACCGGUCCAUUAUUAUUCACCUCCAUAUUACUACAAGUCACCUCCUCCUCCAGUGAAGUCACCACCAACUCCUUACUACUACAAAUCACCUCCACCUCCCUCACCGGUUUACAAGUACAACUCACCACCUCCACCGGUUUAUAAGUACAAGUCGCCUCCUCCUCCAGUCCAUUAUCCAUCGCCGGUUUACAAGUACAACUCACCACCUCCACCAGUUUACAAGUACAAGUCGCCUCCUCCCCCGACCCAUUAUCCUUCACCGGUUUACAAGUACAACUCACCACCUCCACCGGUUUACAAGUACAAGUCGCCUCCUCCCCCAGUCCAUUAUCCCUCACCGGUUUACAAGUACAACUCACCACCACCGCCGAUUUACAAGUACAAGUCCCCUCCUCCCCCACUCCAUUACCCUUCACCGGUUUACAAGUACAACUCACCACCUCCACCAGUUUACAAGUACAAGUCGCCUCCUCCCCCAGUCGAUUAUUAUUCUCCACCAUAUUACUACAAGUCGCCUCCACCUCCCUCACCGGUUUACAAAUACAACUCACCACCUCCACCGGUUCAUCAUGAUUCACCCUCAUAUUACUACAAGUCACCUCCACCUCCCUCACCGGUUUACAAAUACAACUCACCACCUCCACCGGUUCAUCGUGAUUCUCCCCCAUAUUACUACAAGUCACCUCCUCCUCCCGUUAAAUCGCCACCACCUCCAUAUUAUUACAAAUCCCCACCUCCACCUUCACCCUCUCCUCCUCCUCCAUACUAUUACAAAUCUCCUCCACCACCUUCAUCGUCCCCUCCUCCACCUUAUUAUUACAAAUCUCCUCCUCCACCCAAAGCAAUAUCACACCCUCCAUACUACUACAAGUCACCACCCCCACCAUCACCAUCACCUCCUCCACAAUACUACUAUAAGUCUCCACCUCCACCGUCACCCUCCCCACCGCCACCUUAUUAUUAUAAGUCACCUCCUCCACCCAAGGAAAUUUCACACCCUCCAUACUACUAUAAGUCCCCGCCUCCACCUUCCCCAUCCCCUCCUCCACCAUACUAUUAUAAGUCCCCACCCCCACCAUCACCAUCUCCACCACCACCUUAUUAUUAUAAAUCACCUCCUCCACCUAAGGAGAUUUCAAACCCACCAUACUACUAUAAAUCACCACCUCCACCGUCACCAUCCCCUCCUCCACCUUACUAUUACAAAUCUCCUCCACCACCAUCACCAUCCCCACCACCUCCCUACUAUUACAAAUCUCCACCACCUCCAUCACCAUCUCCACCCCCUCCCUACUAUUACAAAUCACCUCCACCACCCUCACCAUCACCGCCACCUCCUUACUAUUACAAAUCUCCCCCGCCUCCAUCUCCGUCUCCACCACCUCCUUAUCACUAUCAAAGUCCUCCUCCACCAUCUCCCAUUUCUCAUCCUCCUUACUAUUACAAAUCCCCUCCACCACCAUCGUCAUCUCCUCCACCUCCUUACCACUAUGUAAGUCCUCCCCCACCAGUAAAGUCACCUCCACCGCCAGCUUAUAUCUAUGCUUCUCCACCACCGCCAAUCUACAAUUAGUCUCGGAACACCAAAGCACUAAAUGUGAUAAAUCAUGUUCUAGUUUUCAUGAAGAGAUAAAAGCAAGCUCCAUUUGGAGCAAAAUGAAACAUCUAUCUUCCAGUCCAAAUUUUUUGAAUAAAAGUCUGAAUAUACCACCUUUGAUUUACGUUAUUCGUGAUCUAGAUGAGAUUGAGUUUAUUUAUUUGAUGGCCAUCUUGCACUUCCUAAUCUUACUGUGUUCAAGUGUCGAGAAAUCAAAAAGUGGAAGCAAGAACAAUUUAUUUGUGAUCUAUUUGAUUUAUAUGUGAAUAGAUUAUUAUUCCGUGUUUGAUAAAUUUUAUUUUAUUAUGUAUUGUACCUUGCUGCCGUGUUUGGAAAAGAAAUAUUAUUAAUGAAGAGUUACAUUCAAUUUCUUUC